AUUAAAAUAAAUUAAAAAAAAUGUCUAAAUUCACAAAACCAGCAUAAGGAGCAAAUAAGCUCGUAAAAUCAAACUAAGGAGCUGCAAUAAAAAAGUAAGAGUCCGAUUCUGAUGAAUUGAGUGACGUUCCUCCUCCUCCAAAAAAGCAAUAAUAAAAAGUUCAAGUAGGAACAAAAAUAGCUGGAAAAGCACCAUAAGUAGAUUCAGAUGAAUAAGAUGAGCCAGUUAAGUUGGUUUAGACAGUGAAAAAGGGUAGUUUUGAUGCAACAAAGCCAAACACCACAAAUUAAAAUGUAGGUAAGUAAGGAUAAAAGAAGCCUGUUAAAUAAUAGGAUUCUGAUGAUGAUUCAGAUGAUGUUCCAACCCCUCCAAAGAAAGUAACAGGUCCUGUAAAGACAGUAGCUAAGCCAGUUGUAUAAGGCAAGGCUCCAGUUAAAUAAUAAGUUUAAUAAGAAGAAUCAGAUGAAGAAUCUGAUGAUGUUCCACCACCUCCAAAGAAAGGAGCAGUAGUGGCAACAAAACCAGUAGCUAAGCCAGCUGUUUAAGCUAAGGCACCAGUUAAACAAUAAGUUUAAUAAGAAGAUUCCGAUGAAGAUUCAGAUGAUGAUGUUCCACCUCCACCUAAGAAAGGAGCAGUUGUAGCUACAAAGCCAGUAGCUAAACCAGCUGUUUAAACUAAGGCACCAGUUAAACCUUAAGUUUAAUAAGAAGAAUCUGAUGAAGAAUCUGAUGAUGAUGUUCCACCACCUCCAAAGAAAGGAGCAGUAGUGGCAACAAAACCAGUUGCUAAACCAGCUGUUUAAACUAAGGCACCAGUUAAACAAUAAGUUUAAUAAGAAGAUUCUGAUGAAGACUCUGAUGAUGUUCCUCCUCCACCAAAGAAAUAAGUUUAAUAAACUAAGGCUCCAUAAAAGACAUAAUAGAUUGAAUAAGAAGAUGAAGAUGAAGAUGAUGUUCCUUAACCACCAAAAGGAAAAUAAUAAUAAUAAUAAUAACCAUAAAAAUAAGGUUAAUAAGCUUAAUAAGGAUAAUAAGAUCACGAAGUAUUUGUAAAGGGAUUAUCAUUUGAUGCAACAGAAUAAGAUAUUAAAGAAUUCUUUGGUGAAUGUGGAUCAAUAAAUAGUGUAAAUUUAUUGAAAGGACCAAAUGGAAAUUCAAAAGGAAUUGCAUUUGUUAGAUUUUCUACAGAAGAUGCUUAAAGUGCUGCAGUAGAAUAUAGUGGUUCAGAACAUAUGGGUAGAACAAUAGUAGUUGAGAAGACAAAACCAAGAGAUUAAAGACCAUAAUAAGGUGGUUAAUAAGGAGGUUCAGGUGAGAGUACAACUUGUUUUAUUGGAAAUUUGAGUUUUUAUGCUACUGAAGAUUCUUUAUAUCCAGUUUUUGAAGACUGUGGAAAGAUUAAGGAAGUGAGAAUAGCAAAAGAUGCAGAAGGAAAAGUAUUAUAUUAAAAUAAAUAUUAUAGUCAAGAGGAUUUGGAUAUGUAGAAUUCUUUGAUAAUGGUUCAGCUUAGAAAGGAUUGUCAAAAACAGGAACAGAUGUUGAAGGUAGAGCAAUUAGAGUAGAUCUUGCAAAUUCCUCAUAAAGAAGUGGUGGUGGAAAUAGAGGUGAUAGAGGAGGUUUUGGAAAUAGAGGUGGAUUUGGUGAUAGAGGUGGUUUCGGAGGAAGAGGCCGUGGUGGUGAUAGAGGAGGUAGAGGAUUCUCUAGAGGAGGUAGAGGAAGAGGUGGAAAUUUAGAUGCUAAUGAUAUUGCUGCUAAAAAAGGAACUAUUGCUGGAUUUGCUGGAAAGAAAAUGGCUCUAUGAUAUUAUUAUCAAUCAUAAAUGU